AUGGCCGAGGGAUUCGCUCGACUUGGGAUAUAAAAUACCAGUCACUGCCCUUUCUUCUUUUCUUCUCAUCAUCAGUCGCUUGACCUUGGUCUUUCUUUGCAUUCCUUACUUUUCUGGUCCAAGACCUUUCCAUUCUCUUUCGACUUCAUUGAUUGAAGUCUCUUACUAUCCUUCUUUUCAAACUUUGUUCGGUCACUUCUCGACACCAAGAUAACGCUGUGCGUUAAUACCACACAACUCGCAAAAAUGUCUGUCUCCAAGAUCGCUGGUCUCCUCCUCAGCUCGGCCGCUAUGGUCGCUGGCCACGGAUAUGUGUCUGGAGCUGUUGUCGAUGGCACCUACUAUGGCGGCUACAUCGUUUCCUCCUACGCCUACUCCGACAGCCCCCCGGACACCAUUGGAUGGUCGACCAAAGCCACCGACUUGGGCUUCGUUUCUCCCAGCGAGUACUCCAACUCCGAUAUCAUCUGCCACAAGGACGCUCAGCCCGGUGCCAUCUCUGCCGAGGUGACUGCUGGUGGUGAUGUUGAGCUGCAGUGGAACACAUGGCCCGACAGCCACCACGGUCCUGUCAUUACCUAUCUUGCCAACUGCAACGGUGACUGCUCGAGCGUUGACAAGACCUCGCUUGAGUUUUUCAAGAUCGAUGAGAAGGGUCUUAUCGAUGACAGCAACGUCCCUGGUACAUGGGCCACUGACAACCUGAUCUCCAACAACAACAGCUGGACCGUUACCAUCCCCAGUAGCAUUGCCUCUGGCAACUACGUCCUGCGUCACGAAAUCAUUGCUCUGCACUCCGCAGGCAACCAGGACGGCGCCCAGAACUACCCCCAGUGUAUGAACCUGAAGGUUACUGGCGGCGGUAGCGACAAGCCCGAGGGCACUCUUGGUACCAAGCUCUACAAGGACACCGACGCUGGUAUUCUCGUCAACAUCUACCAGUCUCUCGACUCCUACGACAUCCCCGGUCCUGCUUUGUACACUGGUAGCUCCUCUGGCUCUUCUGCCUCUGCCAGCUCCAGCGCUACCCCCGCUGCCACCGCUUCGCCUACCGUGAGUGCCUCGCCGAUCAAGAGCUCUUCUGUCCCUCACUUCUCCAAGCCCCACACUAGCAGCUCUGUUGCUCCUGUCGUCACUUCUGCUUCAGUCGUCACAUCUGCUCCUGUCCCAACCGUGACUGAUGUUAUCACUGCCACCCAAACUGCCACUCAGACCUCUACCGAGGUUGACAAUGUCACUGUCACUGCGGCUAACCCUCAAAAGACCCAGGUCGCAACCAGCAGUGAGAAUUCCGGCAGCUCUUCCGACAGCUCCUCCAGCAGCCAGUCUUCUGGUAGCCAGACCUCGUCCGCCCCCGCCGCCAGCUCCAGCGCUGCUAUCCCCAGUGAAAGCAACCUGACCAGCUACUUCGACUCCCUCAGCGCUGAGCAGCUUCUCAACCUGGUCCGUGAGACUCUCUCCUGGUUGGUCAGUGACAACAAGAAGCACGCCCGUGACCUCUCUAUUUAAACGGGAUAAUUGGUUUCGGUCCCGAACAACAUCAUAUUCUUUUUAUAUUUACUUGAUAUUUGCGCUCAGUCGCCGAACUGACGAUUUUUCUUUUUUGGAUCGGGAAUCCCAUUCUUGUCAU